CGCGCCGCCGUCUCCGCAGUGAGGUCACGGGUGGGCGGUGCGUGCGCGGCUUCUGCUCCACUGUUGGGGUAUCGGAGACCCCACGAUGCAGGGUUAUAUAAAAGGAUUGACAGAGAUUUGUAUUACUAGCCCCAAAAAUGAAUCUUGCUGAUGGCCUGGAUCUUAUUUUCAUUGCCAAUAAGUUGGGGUAGGAAAACUGAUUCAUGCUAGGGUAAUUUUUACUGAUGCUGACACUAUAGAGAUGUUUAGUUUCCACCAGCAACCCCGGAUCAGCCUUUAAUUUGUGGAUUUAUCACUGAAUUACUAUAAUAAAUUUCUCCACCACUGGAGGUGUGAUUUAAAUUUGGCUGCACAAUAAAUAAAUAAAGCGACUAAGCUCUGUGCUCGAUCCUGUGAGUUGAAAGGGAUGUGCUGCAUAAGUAUACACACAACUGAAAUUAACUUUUGGAAGAUUUGCAUUAACACCAGCACUGCUCAGUGAGAACAAGUGAUAAUUUUUGUAUUUUAAUACUUAAAUGCAAGCAUAUAAGAAAAGCUAAUAUGUUUUUUAAAAGAAAAACUUAAUCAAUACCAGACUUUUUUUGCACCAAAUCCCAAUUUUUCUACUAGAUUAAUUCAUUGGAAUGAUCUAUAAAUAAUGGUGUAGGGGUAUGAAAUUAUACCCUUUUGUAUGUACAUUGUGCUGUCCAUUUAAUCCAUUUAAUAAAAGAGAACUGAACAAAUAUUUUUAAACCCAAAAUAAAACUUUUGUUAACCCUUCCACCCUUGAAUUUGAUGCUGCUACAUGCAGAACGGAUUACAUUUGUAGCUCUUGAGGUCUAAGGAUUAAAUCCUCACUUUAAGGAGGUGGCACAACAUUUGCUGGGUGUGAGAGAAUUAAAAUAAUUGGAAAUUGGCGUGUUUUUAAGAAAAACAAAACAAACACACAACUAGGAAGAUGCACAUUUCAAAUUUAUUUAUUUAAAAUUCUGCAGUUCAGUGAUGGAAAGUCCACAAACAGAUUUCUCUGUAAGUCCAGGUUCUGAGCAAAAAGAGAGUGAGGUCCAAGAAGAUGGCAGUCCACCAGUAAAAAAAGUAAUGACAGAGAAGCAUGUAAAUAGCAAAGUACAAGCUGUAGUAAAUAAGUUGCCAACAAUAAAGAAGGAAAAUGUGGAUGAAUAUGAAGAAACUCCCAUGGAGUCUGAUGGAGAAAAUGCCAAACCAAACAGUACUACAUUAUCUGAGUCUUUAAAUUUAAAUCCUGGUUUGCAACACACAUUGGCACAGUUCCAUUUAAGCAGCCAGAGUUCACUGGGUGGACCAGCAGCUUUUUCAGCUCGUUAUUCCCAGGAAAGCAUGUCACCCACUGUCUUCGUGCCUCUUCCAUCACCACAGAUACUUCCUAGUCCACUGCUCAUUCCUUCAGACAGUUCCACUGAGCUCACUCAGAGUAUACUAGAGGGAGAAUCUAUUUCUUGUUUUAAAGUUGGAGGGGAAAAGAGACUCUGUUUGCCUCAAGUGUUGAAUUCAGUGCUCCGAGACUUUUCACUACAGCAAAUUAAUACAGUGUGCGAUGAACUGUAUAUAUACUGCUCGAGGUGCACUUCUGACCAGCUUCAUAUCCUAAAGGUUUUGGGAAUCCUUCCGUUUAAUGCCCCAUCCUGUGGGUUGAUCACACUGACUGAUGCUCAAAGACUAUGCAAUGCUUUACUACGUCCUCGCACUUUUCCUCAAAAUGGCACUCUGCUUCCUGCAAAAAACACAUUGGUCCAAUUGAAAGAGACUGGCAGUGCCUUUGAAGUAGAGCAUGAAUGCUUGGGCAAGUGCCAAGGUUUGUUUGCACCUCAAUUUUAUCUUCAGCCGGAUGCUCCGUGUAUCCAGUGUUUGGAGUGCUAUGGAAUGUUUUCACCCCAGACAUUUGUGAUGCAUUCGCAUAGAUCUCCUGACAAGAGGACCUGCCAUUGGGGCUUUGAAUCAGCCAAAUGGCAUUGUUAUCUUCAUGUUAACCAAAAAUAUUUAGGCACUUCAGAGGAGAGAAAACUGAAGCAUCUUUUGGAGGAAAUGAAGGAGAAGUUUAGCAUGAAAAAUCAGAAGAGAAUUCAAUCCAAAGCAGAUCCUCAGGAAAGCCUAGAAUUGCAGCAAUGGUAUCCAGUUAUAAAGCAUGAAGCAGACCCUGUUACUCAAUCACAUUCAUUCGUCCAUCCCAGCUAUUACCUUUACAUGUGUGAUAAAGUGGUUGCUCCAAAUGUAUCCCUUACAUUGCAAUGUAAAGAAGCUACAAAAACAGCAGUCAAGAUUUCAGAAGUAAUUAAAUCUUUACCUGGACAGUCACAGAAACAAGUCAAUAGUGUUAAACACAAAAAAGCUGCCUCCUAUCCAGAGCUCUCUCUUGAAGAGCAGGAAAAAAUCGACUUAAAAACUAGCACAGAACUGCAUAAAAGUGUGGAUCCACCUAUGUCAACUAAUUCUACAAGAAGAGGGAAAUCUGAACAUGUCACUUCCAAAGCCACUGCAGAAUCUAACCAGGUUGAAGUAGGUAAUGGUGCACAAACCUCAUCCCCAACUCCUAUCAAGGACAUCAAUUGUGAAGAUGACAAGGGAAGAAUUAUGGAGGAAGUAAUGAAAACCUACCUUAAACAGCAAGAAAAACUGAAUACUAUUUUACAAAAGAAACAGCAGCUUCAAAUGGAAGUGGAAAUGUUAAGUAACUCUAAAGUUAUGAAGGAACUAACUGAGGAGCAGCAGAAUUUACAGAAAGAACUUGAAUCUUUGCAAACUGAACAUGCUCAAAGAAUGGAAGAAUUUUAUGUUGAGCAGAGAGACUUGGAGAAAAAACUGGAACAGGUGAUGAGGCAAAAGUGUACCUGUGACUCCAAUUUAGAAAAGGACAAAGAAGCUGAAUAUGCAGCACAGUUGGCAGAACUAAGACAGAGACUGGAUCAUGCAGAGACAGAUAGACAAGAGCUCCAAGAUGAACUGAGACAAGAACGAGAAGCAAGAGAAAAGUUAGAGAUGAUGAUUAAGGAACUGAAGCUUCAGAUUUUGAAAUCUUCAAAGAAUGGAAAAGGAAAAUAGAAGUUGGUAGAGGGAAUCUCAGUUGUAUCCUUCAAACUGGGUUGUUUGUAGUUGAAUUGUGCGCAGUUUACCUGUAUGAUAAGACAAGGUAUUUCUAGUUCCCAAAACAAAAACCAUGGUGAUGAUAUAUAUCUUGAUAUACAUUUUUAGAUUUUCUUAACUAAUGAAAAUCUGCAUUUAUUUGUACUGGUGUUUUUUCUCAGACAGCUAUUAACAAUAUGAAACAUUUUGUUUUAGAACAAUUUCCGCCUAUAUUUCUAAUGCAGGCUUGAGGACUCUGCACCUUUUUAAAGCAGCAUUGUAUGUUUAAAAUAUAUUGUGGUCAUUUUUAUUUUGCUACCUAUUGCAUAUCCAGUUAUAGAAAUAUAUAUUUUUUAAUUUUGAAUUUUUCAAAACCUAAAAUAGAAAAACAGAAUUUAGGUUACAGUGAGAAAUUCAGUGACAAUAAGGGCAGCUUUUCAUUUGUAAAUUAAUGCUGCAUGUUGGCAUGCUGAUAAAAGGAGAUUGACCAUCAGAAAUUUAAUAGCCAGAGUUUUUUUCCAUAAUUUUACCUGUAUGAAUUUUCAAACUGUUAUUUUUAAUAGUUGCUAUUAAAUGUCCAUUAUCAAAAUGAAAGAAUUUCAAAAUCUAAGUUGCCGUAUUCUGUUGGCACUUUGGAGGAGGAUAACAUUAUUAUGCAUUUCAGUGUGAAAAGGAACAACUGAAAUGGAAUCCUGUGUAUUUUAAAGUUUAAAAAUCUCCCAUCUCCCCUCUUUCUUUCCUCACCCCCAGCCUUUUCAGGUAACAGCGAAGAAAGUCUUUAAAAAAAAAUUGGGGGCUAUAUUGUAGAAACCUUGAACAUUUGGAUUAUUAACGUUGUUUUGAAAAUAUUAAUGCUGUGGAGAAUAACGAUUGUUAUCAUUCAUAUGUGUUAGUUAUUUUGAUAUCCAAAAGUCUCUCUUCUCUGCAGAUUUCUUUUAGUAUGUAGAAACAGGCCUUAUUGACAUUUAGGUAAUUAGUAAAAAGUUAAAAAAAAAAAAAAAAAAAAAAAAAAGUGAGCUAUGACACUUCGAAAGUCAUUUUGAUACUUUGUAUGGUUAAAUAACAUGGCAAAUAUUACCAUAAUCUGCAAAAGUACUGCAUGUUCAACCCAUAAUAUUUAAAAAUGGAAAGAAGUACAGAAUCCCUAUAUUGGUGUACCUGACAUUAAUGUUGAAAAAUUCUGGUCUCAAAGGGUUAGAUUUAGAAUGCCUUAUUAUUAGAAUCCUGACAUAUUAAAUGCAUUAUUACAAAAUUGGGUGAAAAAAUAGUCUUUUGCUUCUUUCCAAAACGUCUGAAGGAUCUCUAAUGACAGACUUUAGUUGUUGAUUAGAAAUACUUUUAGUAGUUCCAUGUUCUAUAAUCUGAAUCCACUGUUAACUGAAAUUGUUUUGCUAUGGUGUUUGUGUCUUUGUUGUUCUCUCCAGGGUUAAACUAGUGUUAGAUAAAACCAUGAAUAAAAAUGUCUGCUUCCAUUUUUGUUCUGAAUGAGCUAAAAUUAAAAACUUUGCAUGCAUUUUAAUUUUUUCACUAUCUAUUUCAAAGAAAUAGCAAAUAUUGUACAAAGAAAGAUUAAGUUGGCAUAUGUGCCAUAUACUGCUUGUUCAAGUUUGGAGAGGUAAAAUUAAGAAUAUGUGUUGGGCACCCUUUUAGAAUUUUAAUAAAUUCUUAAUAUCCCAUCUACACUGAGGAUUAAAGCAGGUUAAAUGAAGCAGUUUGAAACAUUGUGUCCCUUGCCAUUAUGGAUUACAGAGCACAAAAUUUUCUCUCUGGUAUCUUUGGAUCAUUCUUUUAAAAAUAGGUAUACCUAUCUACACUGGGCAAGUCAAACUAUUUAAAGGGAGCUACGGGGUGGGGACAAAAGUUCCUGUUUGCUCCUUAUAUGCUUUUGUAUUCAACGUCAUGUCCAUUUGCUUUAAAGACAAAAAAAAGUCUUACUACUGUAUACAUAGUCAAUACAGCUAUGGGAGAGUGAGCUGUGUUCUAGUCUAGUUUACAUACCAAAAAAAACUGUUGACCACAUUCCAGCUGCAAAAUCCUUAUUCUUGGAUGUUGGAGCCUGAAAGAACACAGCUUGACUCUCAGCUCUCAGGUUGUGAGUGCUAGUUGACAGCUGGGAAAAUACCCUAUCUUCUGGUAAACUGAAAAUGUUUGAUCUGAAUGUCAUCGAGGCAGUAAAGAAGCCCAUUAUACCAUUUUUACUUACAUUUCAGAGCGUAUCUUGCACUUCAAACGAUGUUGGCUCACAUAGUUUAAUUGCCAGUGUAGAUAGGGCCUAAAGGGGUUGUUUAAUCGUCUUGAACUAGCUGAUUUACCACAGUAUUUCAUGUAUUAGUAGUUGAAUGGGUAGAGUCCUCACUGGAUAGUUACAGUAGUAGUAAUAUAUUCAAUUUUCACUUUUAGACUCUGUCUACGCUAGGUGAUUUCUGCAAAAUAUUCCCAUUGUUGUUGCCGCUGGUUCAGCUCACCAGUGGUAACAACAGUGGGAGUCCAGUGCUACUGUAGGCAGGGCUCCAUGGAUCUGCCAACAUUGUAAUCACAUGCUAUCUAACUCUGUUCAAAACCCGACUAUAUGACACAGUGUUUAAAAUGCUAGUGGCUACAGUCUAUACUAGUAUUCCCAUUACUGCAACCAGAGGUGGAGCUGUGGUAAGUUUUAGCAAAACAAUUCCCAUUGCAGAUAAGGCCUCUUAAUUAUAAAAUAAUUGUCUCAAAAAGCCACUUAAAAUUGAUUAAAAUCUUUUAAAAGGUAACUUUGUAAAUAUAUCAUUUAAUUCUAAAAUUACAAUAGUUUUAAAUUACUGUAAUCCUCCUACAUUUUAGGUUCUUUACAUAACACAAUUUCCACAUGUGUAGACUUAAUUUUAUACAGAUUUUAAGUAAUAAAAUAUAUACAAAUGUGCCAUAGAUUUUGUGUCCAUAGUCAUUGAAAGAUAGUUUUCUAGUAAAUUGUAAAUACUGUAUAAGUUCUAGAAUAAAUAGUUUUAUGUUGAGCUGUUUUACUGACUUAGAGUAAUUAUGAUGAAUUGCUUAUUUGACAAUGUAUACAGAGACUUAGAAUGCCCAUUUAGAGAGACUGCUGGCAAAAGUUAAUCUGUCAAUAUGAACUUAAUCUCUUAGUCUUAUGAUGCUAAUUUUAUAUACUAAUAGUGAAGUUUGUUUUGAUUCUAGUUUCUGUGUAUUGGUCUUUUACAUAGGAAGUUUGUUUCCCAGAUUUUCCUAAUAUUAAUUUUUUUUAGAAAAAAGCUAAAAUAUUCUUAAUUUUAAAAGCUUCAUUAAUGAACACCUAGAAGCAAAGUUGCCUCGAGCACUUUUGGAAGAAAAUAAUUAAUAUUCAACACAAAUACCUAGUUUAUUAAUAUACAUUUUAAUUUAAAGGAAAACUUUCAUAUACUAGGUACACUCGACUCUGCAAGAAUAAUGUAAUGACUUUAGAAGAGUAGUAAAUCUUUUGUAAUUUUGGAAGCUGUAAAAUCACCCAGAUUCACAAAUGCAACCAUUUAACACUAGAUAAAGAGAGGUUAGCAAAAUCUUGAAGUUAAUUCAAAGAAACUUUGCUUUAGUUUUUGUUAUCCUUUAGUUAUCCUUUAACUUUAGUAUCUGGCUAAAUAUAGUGGUUAUGUUUUACAUUCUUGAAGUAAUUUUAUUCUAUAUUUAAUAUAUUAAUAGCUUAGAUGUAAAAUUAUUUGUAUAUAGUAAAGGUAAAAUGCAAUUAGUGAAGUAGGCAAAGUUAGAGGGCGUAUAAAGCUACUGGUAUGUUGGCCUGUCAGGCACUGCUCAGGCCCACCUUUUGAAAGUCAUGAACAACUUUUUAUUCAUACAUUCUUGGCUUUAGUUUGAAAAAAGCAUUAAAUUAAAAUUGAAAAAUUAAAUUUUCAAUUAACUAUAAUUAUGGGAUAUGAAAUUUUAGAAACAUUUUUGUAGGAUUAGUUGUGAAGUUGGCCUUGAAAUACUUUCAUAGUCAGCUUCCUAAAAUUUACUUCUUGUUAGUAGGGUAUAUAUUUUGACUAGACAGUAAAAAUAUUGACUUUGUAUUUUUUCCCCUGCACUUAAUCCAUGUAAUUAAUCCACAUGACAGAACUUUUUAUAGUAUGGUAAAGUUAACAAAAUACUUAAAUACACCUAUCUAUAAUUCUGUGCUUGCAAUGGUUAAGUAAUUUUAUCUAAGCUGUCAACAAUAAAAUAUCUUAGUACAAAAAGCUGCAGAUUUCAGUAAUGUUACAUUUGUUUGUUGCAUUUUUAGUAUGAGAGGCAGUCAUACAUUUUCCUUACUGGAAUGUUGGUUCUAGUAUUUUAUAUUUGUUACAUUUCUCCUUUAGUUCAAAAGGACAGUCAGUUUUCUGCCUAGUAGUCACUUUUGUGAAAGUAAAGGUCACCACUUUACCAACUGCAUGGUACAUUUCAUGAUAUGUCUCCAUUAUUAUUAAGGAUAGAAAUUUUAUUUUCUGUUGGGUUACUAUUUCAGUUGGGAAAACUCUUGAAAAAUUGGUGGGUUGAGACAUUUCUUCAUCAAGCACAGCAAAUGAAAGGGUUUUAAAAAUAAAGCAAAACACUUGAAAAUCAGCUAAAUGUAAUAAAAAUCUAUUAAAAUAUUUUUCUUCAAAUGUAGAUACCUCACUUGAAAACAAGGAAAGCACAGUUGUACUGUAUUUAAAAUAAUUCUAGGAAAUAUAAAAGUUUGUCUAAAAAUGUUUUGCUGCGGUUAUGUUGCCUUCCAGGGUAAUAAGGUCUGUGAUUGACUAAAUCUAUUUUUGUGUUUUCAUGCUCACUGUUGGAAGUAUUUAUUGAUGCUGACAUGGCAGUAUAAUUAAUCUUUCAAAUACAAAGAAUAACUGAUAAAACAUUGUAGAAUCUAUCUCUAAUCAAGGCAACAAGUGGAAUAACUAUUCUGAAAUUAGUAAAAAGCCUGAGAUAAAAUGAUCAAUGCAUUCAACAAUUUUUAAUUUUCUGCCAAUGAUGUACAGUUUUAUGGUUAGCAUUGCUGUGGUUGCAUUACAUGACAUGCAAAGCUGUCCUCUACCUCACGUGAGAUUAACCAAUAUUUUAUAUGGUUUUAGUAAAACAAGAUGCAUCUAUCUGGUCACUUAGUUUACAAAUUUUGAAUUAUAUUUAUUGAAACAUGACAUACUGUGCUCUUAGCUUAUACCUCAAUUGUAUUUUGUGCUGUUUUCCAUUUUCAUGCCUUGUAAAUAUUCUGUAUAGAUUGUGCAUUCAAAUACAAAUAAAGAACUGUACUGUCAAAA